AUGUUCUUCCAGGAAUCUAGCGAUAUGAACCGUUCAGGAAAAGGACAAGGAGUCAAAAGAAGAAGAUCAAUUACUUCUGAAGACUUCGUUGAGACCAAACGUACUACCAUUGAAGUAAAAAGAAUCAUGUCCUCGAAUUCCGACGGAGAAGCAACACAACCACUUACCGAGUUUCACCUUUUCGAAAAACUUCCUCAGGAGAUCAGAAGUAUGAUAUGGAACUAUACUUUCCAAAAAGACGUUGCCGUUCAGGUGAAAAACAAUGGUGGUCUCUAUCCCAUGAAAGGUGUCUUUGAAACUCCCAGCAUCCCUGCACUUCUCGUUAAUCACGAAGCGAUGGAGGAAGUUCAAAGGCACAUGAGAAAAACAGCCAUGUUUGGAUCUUUCCCCUUCAACAAGCAGUCCGACACCCUACACUUAUUCUUCCCACUUCAAUUUUGGGCUUCAUGGUUAGACUUCGGAGAAAGCAGUCCACUAUCUUCUCUCAAAGUCAACCACCUCGUACUCAAUGGAUUCUUCUUCCGCAGAUUUCUUGGAAUCGAUAAUUCUUCAAUCGAUCAAAUCGAACGUCGCACUCAGCAAUUCUUCACGAUCCUCUCCAAAAUGCCAGAGUUGAAGACUUUAUCUGUACCCACCACCGGAAAGGACGUAUCCUCGCGCACCAAAGACGGCAACCAAACGGAGAUUGACGCUCAGAAAAAGGUGAAUUUCGAACUUAUCGACAAAACUUACCAGAAAAUGACGAAAGAAUUCCAGAGAGAGUUUUGCCCUGAGUGGAAGAUACCAGCCCUAAUUUAUUUAGACGACCAAGCGAGCAAACCGAAUCACUUUUCCGCGGACGAAUAUUAG